GAAGGUGAACAAGUGCUACCGGGGUCGCUCCUGCCCUAUUAUCGUGCACUGCAGUGAUGGUGCGGGCAGGACUGGGACCUACAUCCUCGUCGACAUGGUCCUGAACCGAAUGGCCAAAGGGGUGAAAGAGAUAGACAUAGCUGCUACACUGGAGCACAUCCGGGACCAGCGGCCUGGCAUGGUGCAGACCAAGGACCAGUUUGAGUUUGCGCUGACGGCCGUGGCCGAGGAGGUGAACGCCAUCCUGAAGGCACUGCCGCAGUGAUGGCGAGGAGCGCUCCCCUCUCGCCU